ACUCGAUUUUUGCUCUAUUUUCCAAGCAAUCAAUAAUAUCUAUCUUUAAGCAAAAAAAAAAAAAAUUAAACUAACGCGUUGCAGCUUUAAGCACCGGUUUACACAGAGCUCAUUGCAAACGCGGCAAUUAACAGUUUUUUCGUAGUGCGGGUUGCUAGAAAAUCAAACAAAAUCACACCCACAUUUCUUGAAAUAUAGUGAAAAAUUCUUGUGGUCCCUGGUCUUUUUUUCUUCUGUGUCUUACAAUUUUCAAUCAAUUCUUUUGCUCCCGCAGUGCGUGUGUGUGUGUUUGAACGAGAGUGUUUGUGUGUGUGUGAGUGAGUGUUUUUCGUGUCCGCUCCUUGGGUGCAUAAUUAAAUUAAUCAAAUAAAUUAAGAGGAGAGAGGAAUAAGAAACAACAGCAUUCAUCAUGACUAUGGCUGGGCAAACAAUCAACGACAGGCUGCUGGCUGCCCGUCACAGCCUUGCGGGCCAAGGACUCGCCAAGUCUGUGUGCAAGGCCACAACUGAGGAAUGCAUUGGGCCGAAGAAGAAGCAUUUGGAUUAUUUGGUGCAUUGCACAAACGAACCGAAUGUCUCGAUUCCACAUUUGGCCAAUUUACUUAUCGAACGUUCACAGAACGCCAAUUGGGUGGUUGUCUACAAGUCCUUGAUAACCACACAUCAUUUGAUGGCAUAUGGCAAUGAGAGAUUUAUGCAAUAUCUGGCAUCGAGCAAUUCAACAUUCAAUCUCAGCUCCUUUUUGGAUAAAGGAACUGUGCAAGAUGGUGGCAUGGGAGUUCCAGGUGGCAGAAUGGGUUACGAUAUGUCCCCAUUCAUAAGACGAUAUGCCAAAUAUUUGAAUGAAAAAUCGCUUUCCUAUCGAGCCAUGGCAUUUGAUUUUUGCAAAGUCAAGCGUGGCAAAGAGGAGGGCUCAUUGCGGAGCAUGAAUGCCGAAAAACUCUUAAAGACAUUGCCAGUUUUGCAGGCACAAUUGGAUGCACUUUUAGAGUUUGAUUGCCAAUCAAAUGAUUUAUCCAAUGGUGUUAUUAACAUGAGUUUCAUGUUACUCUUUCGCGAUCUCAUACGUCUGUUUGCCUGCUAUAAUGAUGGCAUCAUUAAUUUGCUAGAAAAGUAUUUCGAUAUGAAUAAGAAGCAUGCACGCGAUGCAUUGGAUUUGUAUAAGAAGUUCUUGGUGCGCAUGGAUCGUGUGGGUGAAUUUUUAAAGGUGGCCGAGAAUGUUGGCAUUGAUAAGGGCGAUAUACCCGAUUUGACCAAGGCACCCAGCUCUUUGUUAGAUGCUUUAGAGCAGCACUUGGCCGCUCUUGAAGGACGUAGAGUAUCUGCGGCCAAUACGCCCACACAAUCAUCAAGUAGCAAUCAACGCAAUGUAAAAUCCGCUGUAUCUGCGCUUUCUUCUACCAGCUCGGCGUUUGGAACAGCAGCUGCUUCGAGUAAAUUUGAUGCCACCAAUGGCAUUGAUGAACAGCUGAAAGCCCAAGUUUUGGCCGAAGAAGAAGCCGCCAUGAACCAAUACAAAUCCAAGGUAUCAUCGCCCACUAGUAGCGGUGCUGGUGGCUCUAGCGCUGCACUAACAAAUCCUUUUCUGUCGUCACCGCCAGCCUCGCAGGCUGGUCAGCCGAUAGUUGAUCUGUUUGGUGCUGCGUCUGGACAGCCAGCCGCUGCUAAUGCAGCGGCCACACAAGGCUCUGCCACGACCACAAAGGCCUCUGAUGAUUUGCUGCAGUUGGGCAAUCCAUUUGCCGAUAUGUUCGAGGGAAAUGCUGCAGCUGGAGGAGGUGUCGCUGGAUCAGGUGCUGCAUUAAAUGCUAAUAAUUUAUGGAUGCAUAAUAAUGGUUUCAAUGGCUCAGCUGCUGCUGCAACAAAUGCCUUCGUUUCCGAUAGUAAUUUCACAUCCGUUUUCGGUAAUACGGAACCGGCAGCCUCUCAGCCCUUGGCAAAUCCCUUUUUUGAUGAUAUUAUGGUGCAGCAGCAACAGCAAGUACAACAGCAACAACAGCAAGUGAUGUUCUAUGUGCAGCAACAGCAACAACAGUCUUUACAAUUGCAACAUUAUCAGCAACAGCAGCAGCAGCAACAACAACAACAACAACAACAACUACAACACCAACAAUCGAUAUUAGCAACUACGGCACAUUUUCCAUCAGGCUUCGAUGCUUUGGGUGAUGUCUUGAAACCGGCUACAGCCAAUAGCAACAACAGCACGAGCAACAACAGCAAUCAAAUGAAUAUUGUCGCUACAGGUUAUCAACAUCCGAAUAGCAACAAUUCAGUGCUGACAUUGCAACAACAACAGCAGCAACAAUUCCUUCAACAACAACAACAACAUCAUCACCAGCAGCAGCAACUACCCCAUCAGCAGCAGCAACAGCAACCAACAACUGGCAAGAUUAUAACUGGCGAUUUGGAUAGUUCACUAAUGUCAUUAGUUGAUAAUUUAAAUAUUAAUAAAACAGCAAGUGCAAAACCCGUGCAAUGGAAUUCACCUAAAAAUACAGCGAAACCAGGUGCUAAUUGGACACCACAACCAAUGGCGGCUACAACUGGUGCUGGCUAUCGUCCAAUGGCACAUGGCAUGACAGUAAGUCCUGCGCCAAUCACAAUCAAUCAUCCGUAUAUACAUGCUAGUUAUCCUGUUAUGCCAAAUUAUAUGCAGGGGAUGCCGGUGAUGGGACAACUGCAACAGCAAGCCCCUUUGACUGGGGUGCCACCGACGACAAUGAUGACGGGGGCAACGCCGCCGCCGCCGCACAGUAAUCCAAUCCAACCGUUAUCGGCGGGUGCCACCACGGGGAUAAUGCAACCGAUGCAACCCACACAUAAUGGCAGUGGUGGUAAAAGUGUACCCUUAGAUCCAUUUGGAGCGUUAUAAGAUGUCAAGCAACAACACCCACCACACCCCCGCAUACCAACAAACACUUUAACACACACAUAAGCACACACACACACACAAAAAUGAAAACCUCAUCAAACAUAAUGAUAUAUAUGAAUAAUGAAAAUUAUAAUGCUACAACAAAUUUAUUGGAAAAAAACGAAAAAAAUUCUAUAAUAAUGUUAAACACAAAACAAAUUGCUAUAUACAUACAUAAAUAUAUAUAUAUACUAUAUAUUUAUAUUAUUACAACAAAAGCAAAAAAAAAAAAAAAAAACCAUAAGUUUGACUAUUUAUGUAUACACCAAUUUAUAUACUAUAUAUAUAUUAAUGAGAAACGAUAUGAAAAUAGUUUGAAGACGCAAGCAAGCAAAAGAAAAAUUUCCAUAAUAUAGCUAAACGAAAUGGUAGUCUAUGUGAAAUAUCUACCUAUCUAUCUAUAACUGUAAGAAAAAACUUACAAAAAUCUGUAGUUGUGUCCUAUGCCAAUCAUCACUAUCAAAAGAAAAGUGUGAAACGAAAUCUGUUCGCUGUUUUUUCACACACACUGUCAAACUGAACGGGCGGCGAAACGAUUGGUUCAAGUGUGAGCUGCUUUAAUAAUUUGCAAUAUUUUAAUCCGUCUAUAUAAGCCGAAGUAAAUCAUGUAACUCUUUAUAUAUAUAUAUAUUGAUUUUGUUCCCUCCUCCCUAUGUUAUUUAUAGCCUAUUUUUUGUGGCAUACUCUCAAAAUUUGUUAAAUUUAUUUUGUAAUGUGCAUUCCAUGGUAGCAACAAAUUGUUUAAUUGAUUAGUUCUGUUUUUGUUCUUUGUCCAAAAUUUAAUUUGCGUAAACGGCAAAAGAAAAAUCGUUUUUCUUUGUAAGAUUUUAAGUAUUAGAAGAAUUUGAUUACUGAAAUUAUAAAUGCAUUCAUCUAACAAAAACACUGUAUACAUACUAUAAUUAUAUACAAUUAUAUAUAAAUAUAUAUAUUUAUAUUAAAUGUUAUUGAGAGAAUAUCAUACAACGUAUAUUGAAUAUUGUUGUAUUUAGCCAUUUAUUUAAAACUGACCUAAAGAAACAACAACAACAACACAACAAAAUACGUAGUUCAUUUUUUAAUUAUCAUUUCGAUAUGUGUAUGUACAUAAGAGCCGAGUUUUUUCCACACUCUCAGCUGUUUAAAUAAAAUUUAAAAAUAUAUACAUAUAUGAAAGGCA